GCUCUUCUAAUUUGAGUUGUUUUCACGUCCUAAAGCUCAACUAUAUUGUUCAUCUUGUGACAGAUCUUGAUUUCCUCAAUGGAGUGGUGGUUAAACAGCGAGAUGUUGAAACGAUUUUUUGAUCGUCGAAAGGUGGUAUUGAAGCCACCCCAAUCAGAGGAGGAAGAACAAACCGAAAGUAUCAUCCAGAACAUCACAAGGAUUCACAGCCUCCUUUCCAAAAUAUCCGACCUGAGGCCGAGUCCAUCUGUCAAUAGUCUCUUUGGCGAACUCGUAGGAAUUUGUACCCAGACUUUCAACGACUCAAAAACCAGAAGGAUACUCGAGGAUCAACGUAUUGUUGAUAUUCUGCCAUCUCUGAGAGAUCUUUCCGCCAAGGCAGAAUGUCAUCUUGAAUCCCAUUGGGCCGAGUUCAUCACAGGUGCUGAGGAUGAAAAGGAAGGCUGCGCUCGGUUGACCGAGUUUCCAUAUUAUGAGAACUAUGUUGAUCUCACACGCAUGGAGCUUUCUGCCAUCCAUGCUAUCAACCCCUCAACACCGCGGAGCGUUGUUUUUAUUGGUUCUGGGCCUUUGCCAAUGACUUCGCUUUGCAUGUAUCAGACUCUUGAAAGCAACAAGUCGCCCGAACUGGAAGAUCAUUCCGAAAAUGUCGUUAUUAAUAUCGACCACGAUUCAAAAGCACUGUCUCAAUCUUCAGCGCUCUGUAAGAAGCUGGGGCAACGAGCAAAAGGAAUGCAGUUCAUUUGUCAAGAAGCUGAAUCUCUUGGGCCUGAGCUGCAAGCUUGUGAUGUGGUCUUCCUUGCCGCGCUUGUUGGAACAACCCAGGAAGAAAAGGAAGCGGUAUUGACGAGUAUCGUUGCCAAAAUGCGAGUGGGGAGUUUGCUGGUUGUUCGGACAGCCCAUAGUUUGAGGACUUUGUUAUAUCCGGCCUUUGAUACUACUACCGAUAAGGUCUUAAGUUGCCUGGAGAUCUGUAUGGUUGUUCAUCCUUACAAUCACGUUGUAAAUUCGGUGAUUAUAGGACGAGUGAAACCCAGGGGGGAGGGUAGUGUCGGAAGUUAAGGACAUAGCAAUGCAAAAACGAUUCAUUUGGAUGUAUGUGCCGAAGUGCGGAAUUGACUCUAGAUGUUCUGCCCAAUGUUGGUAAUUUGAC